AUGAAGUAUUUCCGAAAUACACUCAUCGCAGCAGUCAUAAUUGGCCUGAUAGCAGCCAUCGUCUCCAAAUACACCAACAUACCAACGACAACAACUACUACUGCUGCUGCUGCUACCACCGCCUCCUCCUCAUCCAGCUCCAGCAAACCCGCCGCCAUCCCGCUCUACACCCCACCAAGCAAACACCUCGAAGCGUCAGAAAUGUCGGUCCCCCGCGCCAUCCGCAAGGCCUUCCUGGCCGUCGAGCAGUCCGAGGGCGCGGGCGCGCGCGUCCGCCGCUCCGUCGGCACGCCGCAGCUGCGCAACUUCUCGCCCUUCCUCAUGCUCGACCACUUCUCCAUCUCGCCCGGCGCAGGGUUCCCCGACCACCCGCACCGCGGCCAGGAGACCAUCACGUACCUGCUCGAGGGCGCCACGGACCACGAGGACUUUGCCGGCAACAAGGGCACGCUGUACCCGGGCGACCUGCAGUUCAUGACGGCCGGCCGGGGCAUCGUGCACGCAGAGAUGCCCCGCAAGACCGAGGACGGCAAGCCCAACGUCGGGCUGCAGCUGUGGGUCGAUCUCCCCGAGAGGCUCAAGGCCUGCGAGCCGCGAUACCGGGACCUCCGCGCCAGCGAGAUCCCCACGGUCGACGUUGACGGCGGCAAGGCCACCAUCAAGGUCAUUUCCGGUCAGAGCCACGGCAUCGACUCGGUCAAGGACCUCGCCUACACGCCCGUGUGGAUCCUCGAUGUCAUACUGCGGCCCGGCGCCAGGGUCACACAGCCGCUGCCAAAGGGCUGGAACGCCUUCUCCUACGUCCUCGAGGGGAGCGCCUGGUAUGGACAGGGACAAGACCGCACAAAGAUUGAACAGUUCCACAAUGUCGUCUUUGAACAGGAUGGCGACGUCGUUCACGUCGAGACUGAUGCCGACGCGGCAAAGGACACUCGUCUUGUCAUCAUUGCUGGCACGCCUCUCGAACAAGAAGUUGUGCAAUAUGGCCCAUUUGUUCUCAACUCAAAACAGGGCGUAUACCAGGCCUUGUACGAUUACCAAACCUUCUCCAAUGGCUUCGAGAGGGCAAAAAAUUGGAAGAGCGAAAUUGGCAAGCCCAUGAUGGGAUGA